UUACCAAUAAAUGGAGAAAUAUGUUCAAGUGAUUUAGAUAUUAUUAAUAAAUGGACUUUUCUUUGCGAAUGUUUGGCUCAUGGAACUCCUUCCGGUGUAGACAACACUGUAUCUGUAUACGGAGGAUUUGUUAGUUAUAAAGCUGGCUCAGUCUCUACGUUUUCAACGUUUUUGACAAAAAAUAACAAUUUUAGAGAAACAAAACUAAUGAUUAUGAUUGUCAAUACAAAAAUACCAAGAUCAACCAAAAAUCUGGUAAACGGUGUACGGAAUCUUUACGAAAAUAUUGAAAAUGUUUUAAACGCUAUGGGUGAGAUUAGCGAGAAGGCCUGGAGAUGUCUGGGAGAGGAUCUUUGUGAACAAACUGUAAAAGAAUUGAUGAGAAUGGCCCAUGCAAGUUUAAAUUUAUUGGGCGUCUCUUGUGAUGAGUUGGAUUUUGUAGUAAGUCAAGCUCGCCGUUAUGGAUUUUCUGCAAAAUUAACUGGAGCCGGUGGAGGAGGAUGUGCGAUAGUGCUUAUUCCUGAAGGUUUGCUUGAUAAAAUAUUCGAAGAUGUUGAUGAGAAAGAAUUUGUACGUUUUCGUGAAAGUUUACCACAAGAUUAUAAAUGUUACGAUGUUACGCUUGGUAGUAGAGGCCUUACACUCGAUAGAAUGGAAUAA